AUGCCUGUGCCGGAACCGGACGUUGAGGUGCCCGCAGGUGACAGCAAGAAGGGUGCAAAGCUUUUCAAGGCAAAGUGUGCUCAGUGCCACACCAUCGAGCAAGGUGGCCUUACCAAGCAGGGCCCUCCACUCUGGGGCCUCAUUGGUCGCACGUCCGGCACAUGCGAUGGCUUUGCAUACUCCGAGGCCAACAAGAAUGCUGCCAUUCAGUGGUCCGAGAAGCAUUUGUUCGAAUAUUUGCUGAACCCCAAGAAGUACAUCCCGGGAACAAAGAUGGUCUUUGCGGGCAUCAAGAAGGAAAAGGAGCGUGCUGAUCUCAUCGCAUACAUGGCCGAGAUGAAGUAG